AUGUCGAAGAAACUACAUUUGUUGUCUGUUGCAAGUAUUUGCAUUGAAGACUUUGAGAAAGCAAAGAAGGGAAAUGAUUACAUGGGCGAUGUAUUUGUGAUCUUCAAAGUUGUUACCAAUGUUCAAGACUUCGACAAUGCUCUACGAUAUGGGCUGAGAACCUCUGGAGUGUGGCACAGAUACUCAGAGUUUGAUCUAUUGUAUCAGUACCUUCUCCAUACCUACCCCUCCCACAUCAUACCUCCUCUUCCUGAGAAAAAGUUGUCAACCAGCUUGUGGACGAAGAUGACGGUAGAUAAGUUUGAUGGAGAAUAUCUGGAACAUCGUAAAAUAGGUCUCGAGAAGUUCUUACACAGAGUAGCAUCCCAUCCAACACUUCAUGAUGAUAACAUCUUUAAAGCUUUCCUCAUGAAGGGCGAAGAAUGGAAAGAGGUUGCAGACUCUACGGAUUUCAGAGCAAAGAACGAAGGCUUCCUUAAAGGAAUGGCAGCAAGUUACCAGCUGAAGCACUGUGACCCGAGGUUCUCCGAGCUGAGAACGUAUGCGGAGGAGCUUGAGAGUCGAAUAAAUGCGGUACUGAAGGUGACCCAGAACAUAGCUGCAAAACAACGGCUUGCAUAUAAUUCUUACAAGGAUUUAGCCAAAACGUUUAGUGACUGGAGUGCCAUAGAGAAGUCGCUUAAUAUUCCCCUUCAGAAGAUAGGGCACCACUUGGACAAUUUGGAGGGAGCUGGGAACGUGUUGCUUUUAGAAGAAGACGUAAAGUUUUGUGAGAACAUGAGAGAAUAUGCCAACUACGCAUACAGUCUGAAGGACUUCAUAAGAAAGUACGAGCUACUCCAGUAUAAGAUCGAGGUGCUGGAAAGUACGAUCGAAGCUAAGAAAGCUGGUCUGUUUAUGUUGGGAAAACCGGAGGCAGGAGAAGACGUAGUAGCAGUAGAACCAGGCAAGAGUAACCUGACCAACAUGUUCAAAGCUACACCACAACAGAAAGAAGCACGACGGAGUAAGCUGCACCAGGAGCUGUCUGAUGCAGAGGAAGCGUUGGGUCCUGCUCAGUAUGACCUGGAGCAGUUUGUUAGCGAGGCCGAACUGGAGAUUAAAAGAUGGAAGAAAGACAAGUUCUCAAGUCUGAAAGAUGCCCUGAGAAUGUACGCUAAACUACAACUGCAACACAGCCAGCAAGGAGCCCAAUGCUGGGAGGCAGUCAGUGCUGCUGUUAAACCGGCCGCUGUAUGAUCGUGAAAACUUUUUCUUGAACUGCAACUGAACUUUUGAACUGAAUGUAAAUAAUCAUCUAAAGAUUUUCAAAUUUAUCUCAAAUUGGUAUCCCUGGAGGGGGAUUUGUUUAAAACAUAAAAGUUAUACGAAAAGUUUGUUGGUAGUUUGUGCUUAUGUUCACUGAGUGCAGUUUUUACCUUUCAGUGAUUAAGAAAAAUUAAACCCUAAGAUUUUUGGUCGUGAUUUAUUGAUGUAUUAGUGUAUAAAUAAGUUUUUUUUGUUGGUUUUCAGUGAAAAUUGAUUUUUGGUGUGCUUUUUGACGCCAAUUGAUAUAAUAUAAAGUAAUUGCACGUCUUUUGACUUUGACCUGAAUUUUAUCAGAUUAUCCAUGGUUUCUAAUUUUUGAUACGUAACUUUGAAAUGACGGUAGCUGGACUGCUCUUUCUCGCUUUUAAUAUUUUUGAUGUUUAUGUACCAAUUUGAAUGUUUCUGUUUUAUUAAUUAUCGUCAAUUUAGUUUAACAAAAAUACC